CCUUGACAAUUUGUUUAUUUCACACCAUGGCAACCUUACUGCAGUUUUGAAAUGAAACUAUGGCUUCUCUGGGACCUGCUGCUGAUAAACAAAAGAAUAAUACGUCUUCAACUUCUGGUUUGAUAUAUGGAAGUUAUUGAUGAAGAGGACACUGGCGAUGAGUAUGCUUUUCACAGAAAGAAAACAGCAGAUAAAGGAUGUCGGUUAGCUGGUUUGAGAGUUGGAAGCAGUUUGGUUGACAAGGACCGUCGAGUAACUUACUGCUCGGAUUUGGAUCGAUCCGUGCUUUUGACCAAUUUUGAAAAACGAGGCUGGGUCCACGUUGGUCCUGAUGAUGAUUGGAAUUUUUAUUGGGCUGGAAUGCACACUUGCCGAAAUUUAUUUAGUGUCGACAGUGGAUACAGGAUGAAUGAAAACCAAAUGAUCAAUCACUUUCCCAACCAUUACGAACUAUCUAGAAAGGACUUAUUGGUAAAGAAUAUAAAACGAUAUCGAAAAGAGAUGGAAAGAGAAGGGAAUCCGAUAGCAGAGAGGGGAGAUGUGCCCGGCCGAUAUUUGCAUCUCGACUUCAUCCCGAUAACAUUUGUCCUACCUGCGGACUAUAACAUGUUUGUGGAGGAGUAUCGUAAAAGCCCACAGAGCACCUGGAUAAUGAAGCCUUGUGGGAAGUCCCAAGGUGCCGGGAUAUUCCUGAUCAACAAACUGUCAAAGUUGAAACGCUGGUCGAGAGAGAGCAAGACACCUUUUAACCCGUCACUGGUGAAGGAAUCUUAUGUGAUUUCAAGGUACAUUGAAAAUCCUCUUUUAAUUGGUGGUAAAAAAUUUGAUCUCCGGUUGUACGUGUUGGUUACCUCAUUUCGGCCAUUGAAAGCCUACCUGUUUAAGCUGGGAUUCUGCAGAUUUUGCACGGUGAAGUACGAUACGAGCAUACAGGAGCUGGACAACAUGUAUGUGCAUCUGACGAACGUUUCUGUUCAGAAACAUGGGGGUGAAUACAAUAGCAUGCAUGGAGGGAAGAUGUCAUUGCACAACUUGCAGUUAUACCUAGAGAGUACUCGUGGGAAAGAGGUGACUCAGCGGCUGUUUGACAACAUCUCCUGGCUGAUUGUUCACUCUCUGAAGGCCGUAAGUUACAUCAUGGCUAACGACAGACACUGCUUCGAGUGUUACGGCUACGACAUCAUCAUCGACAACACACUCAAGCCUUGGCUGGUUGAGGUGAAUGCUGCUCCUUCCCUAAGCUCAACAACUGUGAAUGAUAGAAUCCUAAAAUAUAAAUUGAUAAACAACAUUCUGAAUAUUGUCUUGCCUCCAGAUGGCAUACCAGAUACAAGGUGGAACAAAAUCCCGACGCCUGACAAGCUUGGCAACUUUGAGCUGUUGAUUGACGAAGAGCUUGCGGCCCAUGAGGAACAAUCAUCUUCCAACCGCUACAGAGACAACCGAGGACCAACAUCCAGGUGGAAAUAGACGAAGGAAACUUAAAAAUUUAAGAUGAAAUAAACAAGAGUAGUAAUAAAA